CGCGUAUAUAUAUCGAUGGGCGCGCGCCCAUAGCUACUUAGCAACCUGCUUCCCCUCGUCCCCCGUCCUCGUCCCGAGCCGUUCUAUCUAUCUGCACGACGCCCCCUGCACAUACGCAUACGCCCACCAUGACCAAGUUCGGCUUCAGCAUCUUCCUCGAGGACAAGACGGGGCGCCUCACGGGCUCCGAGUUCGUGGACGUCUACGACCGCAUGCGCUUCGUCCUCCGCAGGACGGUCCACGAGCCGGCGCACACCGCGUACAUCCUCUACAACGCCGCCAACUCCAAGCCCGUCGCUGCUCUCGACUACGGCCCACACAACGCCCUCGGCUCGGUCACUUUCUCCCCCACGAACGUUAUCCCGAUGAAGAAGUACCUCACAAAGACCUCUGGUCACCAGUCGCGCAAGUUUACCGCUUCGGACGGGCAGGAGUACAUCUGGAGCUACCGUCAGCAGGUCGAUCAGGAGUGGACGUGCACGAACACCAGCGGCUACCUGAUCGCUUACUACAGCCUCAAGACCCCUGGGGAGCCGGACUACCCUGGAUCGUCUGGGUGCACCCUGACCAUCGAGGAACCCUUCGGUCACCUCGCGGCUGAAAUGCUCGUCUCCCUCCUCGUCAUGCGCCACAUCGCCGCACACAACCUCUGAGCGCCUUGUCGCCCCCCGCGCGCACGUCCCCACCACUAGACGCGUCGCCCC